AAAACAAACGAAAACAAAUCAUCCGCGUUUGGUUUUUCUGUCAGACCGCUUGUGGGCUUCCGUACCGCUAUUACUGCUGACAGGCUACCGGUGAAACGCAGCAUUAAACUCUUGUUAACAUCAAACCUUCUCUGCUCAGGACCAUGAGUCGGAGUUAUAACGAUGAGCUCCAGUAUCUGGAGAAGAAGGGCAAGAACUGCUGGAGGAUUAAGAAAGGCUUUGUCCCAAACAUGCAGGUGGAGGGAGUCUUCUACGUGAACGAACCUCUGGAGAAACUGAUGUUUGAGGAGCUUCGCCAGGCCUGCGGAGGGAGAGGCGGUGUGGGUGGAUUCCUUCCAGCCAUGAAACAAAUCGGGAACGUGGCGGCACUGCCGGGGAUUGUACACAGGUCCAUCGGUCUCCCAGACGUUCACUCCGGAUAUGGAUUUGCGAUCGGAAACAUGGCUGCCUUCGACAUGAACAACCCCGAUGCUGUGGUGUCUCCAGGCGGCGUCGGUUUCGACAUAAACUGCGGCGUACGUCUGCUGAGGACGAACCUGGACGAAGGGGACGUCCAACCGGUGAAGGAGCAGCUGGCCCAGGCGCUGUUCGACCACAUCCCCGUGGGGGUUGGGUCCAAGGGAGUCAUCCCCAUGGGGGCCAAGGACCUGGAGGAAGCUCUGGAGAUGGGAGUGGACUGGUCUCUGAGGGAGGGGUACGCCUGGGCCGAGGACAAGGAGCACUGCGAGGAGUACGGCCGUAUGCUGCAGGCCGACCCCAACAAAGUCUCCUCCAAGGCCAAGAAGAGAGGCCUGCCGCAGCUGGGGACUCUGGGAGCAGGAAACCACUACGCUGAGAUCCAGGUGGUGGACGAGAUCUACAACGACUACGCUGCCAAGAAGAUGGGCAUCGACCACAAAGGUCAGGUGUGCGUGAUGAUCCACAGCGGCAGCCGAGGGCUCGGACACCAGGUCGCCACAGACGCUCUGGUUGCCAUGGAGAAGGCGAUGAAGAGAGAUAAGAUCAUAGUGAACGACCGCCAGCUGGCGUGCGCUCGCAUCAUGUCGCCGGAAGGCCAGGACUACCUGAAGGGCAUGGCGGCCGCGGGGAACUACGCCUGGGUCAACCGCUCGUCCAUGACCUUCCUCACCCGACAGGCCUUUUCUAAAGUGUUUGUCACGACGCCGGACGACCUGGACAUGCACGUCAUCUACGAUGUUUCGCACAACAUCGCCAAAGUGGAGGAGCACAUGGUGGACGGGAAGCAGAAGACUCUGCUGCUCCACCGCAAAGGGUCCACCAGAGCUUUCCCCCCCCACCACCCACUCAUCCCCGUAGACUACCAGCUCACCGGUCAGCCGGUGUUGAUCGGCGGGACCAUGGGGACCUGCAGCUACGUCCUCACCGGGACGGAGCAGGGCAUGACGGAGACGUUCGGCACAACGUGCCACGGAGCGGGUCGUGCGAUGUCUCGGGCCAAGUCCCGCAGGAACCUGGACUUCCAGGACGUCCUGGACAAGCUGGCGGACCAGGGCAUCGCCAUCCGCGUGGCCUCGCCCAAACUGGUGAUGGAGGAGGCUCCCGAAUCGUACAAAAACGUGACAGACGUGGUCAACACGUGUCACGACGCUGGAAUCAGCAAGAAGGCGAUCAAACUGCGGCCGAUCGCCGUGAUUAAAGGCUGAAGACGAGUCGCCGUUUAAUUUAAAGACUUGUUGGCGCUCAGCGGGAGGAGACUUCUGUUCAGGAAUCUGGGAAAGAAGAAGAGAAUUAGCUUUUUGAUUUGUUUUUGGGGAGGUGGAAUGAGAUUCUAACCUUGAGAGAAAAAUAAUUUAAUUCUUUUUGUGUUUAUUGCAAAAAUCUUUGAUCCAAAUAAAGAUUGAAUCAGCCUAA